AUGGCCCAACCGGAGACGUUCUCCUAUGGCCCGCAUGAACUGCAAAAGAUUCACGUUUACAAGGCUGAGGAUAGUCCUCAAGAUAAAGAUUUAUUAUGGGUGAUAUACAUCCAUGGCGGGGCAUGGAGAGAUAACACCGUCCUCGCAAACUCAUUCUUAGCAACCUACUCCAUCCUCACCCAAAAUUCCCUGAUUCAAACCCAAGUAGCGGGGUUUGCAUCCAUAGACUAUCGUCUAAGUCCCCAUCCAAACGCCCCUCAAGAUCCCAGCACUACCCCAAGCUCUCAACUCCGUGCUGCCCGCCAUCCAGAACACUUCCACGAUGUUCAGGCCGCAAUUGCAUUCUUGCAGGACAAAUACGCAUUUGGAGAUAGAUAUAUGCUCAUCGGUCACAGCUGUGGCGCAACUCUAUCCUUCCAAGUUGUCAUGAACAAAGUCCUGGGAGCCAAUAUAACGACAAUCCCAAAACCAAGAGCCAUAGCUGGCGUUUGCGGAAUCUAUGAUUUGGGCCUUCUUCGGAAUGAUUUUAAGCAUAUUAAGAUCUAUGAGGAUUUUAUCAAGGGUGCUUUUGGCGCGGAUGAGGGACUUUGGGAGGGGGUUAGUCCUGCAAAGGUUACCGACACAAAUGGGGUUGCGGCCGGAUGGGAGAAUGGGCAGGUCGCGGUGUUGGCUAGCUCGACGGGGGAUUCAUUGAUUAAUCAGCCUCAGACGGAUGAUAUGCUACAGGUUCUCAAGCAGUGGCAAGGUCUGGCCCAGGGGAGGGAUGUGGUUGAGAUAUAUGAUUUGAUGGAAGACCAUGACGACGUCUGGGGAAAAGGCGAGGAGCUUGCCCGUGUCAUCGUUAAAACUGUACAGAUAUUAUCUGAGAAAAACGCCAUAUGA